AGCCCGGAGGUUUUUCCGGCCAUCAAAUGCCAGAAUCAGCCUCUAAUGGCAAGGUGUCUGUGGAUCUUUUCUAUGAAAAACUAGGGAAACUGAACGAGUCAUCAGGCCUCAGUUCACUCUUUAAUUUCCGUCAGGCAAUGUUGGAUUUGCAUUGUGUCUACAUGGAAGUGAUGAAACGAGGAGGAUUUUAUCAGGUGACUAAAAAGGGAAAAUGGGAUGAUGUUGCGCUAGUAUCAAACUCGCGAAGCCGUGUAUCCAUGUCAGCAGCCCAACUUCGGAAUGUUUAUGAAAUGCUGAUUCUCCAGUAUGAACUAAUGUAUUGUGGCAAGAAGUCCAGUCCAGCAAACUUAUGGCCUGCCAAGAGCUCUCCAGGUUAUUUUGGCUCUGGGACGAGUCCAAGCUGCUCGACAGGAAAAAGGAAGCGCUGUGACAGCUCAUCUCCGUUUCCAUCAGUUCAUCUUGGUGAUCUAGAUGGCUGGACAGAGGAAAAGGAUUGCUGCGGGAAGGAGACCAAAGGCCAGGAGACAGUUAGCAAGAAAUCAACCGUGAUCAUAUCAGAAAACUCAAAUGCUAAGGAACUCACAGCGGACAUCCCUAAAGCACCUCAGAAGCCGAGGACUGGAUAUCAUAUAUUCCUUAGAUUGGAGACUCAUAGGCUAAGGAAUGUGCUCGGAGAAGGAUCGAAUUCCCAAAAUCUCCGGGAAAUGGCUGUUAGUGCAUGGAGAAGUCUUCCUGAGAAAGACAAACUGCCGUAUAUCGAGGCCAGUAAAAUGGACAGGGAGAGAUAUGCGAAAGAGAUGGCUGCCUAUAAGCAGAAGGGUGUGGGCCAAGGAUUGUUCAGCUCUACAACUCCAAACAUGCUGAGUUUCUCUACACCUAAGGAGCCUGCAGACGAUGUUUAUCACGUGUCCUUCGAAGAUGACCCCGAGGACCUCCAUUCACCUGAUGAGUCAAUGGUCGGAUUGGCAAUCGAGGCGAUGAAGAAUGCUGGAUCCAGCGACUCGUUCUUCCAGAUUGACUGGGAAAAUGGCCCUCCCAGCAUACGUUUUAACUGAAGUACUACGACAAGACACCCUCUAAAGGCUGAGACGCCGCGCUUGUAAGGGCUUGUAUAAGAUGCAGUAUAGGUAUGGUUCUAGUAGCUAUUUCAAUGAACAUAAAACAUGUAAAAGGACAAAUCCAAUUAGAUUGGUGAAUUUUGUGUGCAGAUAAUGUGGCUGCUGUAAAUAGCUUAUCUAUGUAACUAAGACUUCCUAUUUUGUAUUAAUUGCAUGUACAUUAAUUAUA